UCACCCCCAGCGGGCACAGGCCGGAGCUCGGUCACCCAGCAUGCGGGCACAGAGUAUGCAGAGGACACUCCUCAGUCAGCUCCCGAGGUUGGCAGGCUGGACCCCGGCUGGGCCCCACCUCCGCUUCUCAAAGGCUUGCUUGGUCUGGUCCUCAGACUCCUGCUCCUGUGCAUGGUGGCCACGAGCAAGUGCUCAGGCAAGUACCACGAGCUUCUCCUGCAGCUCCAGCGCCAGGCGGACCUCAUGCAGAACCCCAGCACGCUCCUGGACCCCUAUAUCCACCUCCAAGGCCUGCACAGUCCUGUACUGAAGGGAUCCUGCAUGGAGCGCCCGGGGGACUUCCCCAGCGAGGACGCCCUGUGGAGGCUCAGCAGGCAGGACUUCCUGCGGACCCUCAACACCACGCUGGGCCUCUUCCUUCGCAUGCUGAGCGCCCUUCAGCAGGACCUCCCGAAAGCAGCCCAUCAACAGGCGGAGAUGAACAUCCGCGGGCUCGGGAACAACAUCCACUGCAUGGCCCAGCUGCUGCGCGGCUCCUCGGACCCAGAGGCUGCUGAGCCCACUCAGCCGGGCCCGGGGCCCACGCCGCCACCGCCGCCGCUGCCCACGCUGCCGUUGGACACCUUCAAGCGCAAGCUCAGGAUCUGCGAGUUCCUGCAAGGCUACCACCACUUCAUGCGCAGGGCCGGGCAGGUCCUCCGGGGCUGGGGGGAGAGACGGGGCCGCAACCGCAGACACAGCCCCCUCCGGGGCCUGCAGAGGGCUGCCCGCAGGACGUGGCCCUUCCCGGGGCUCAGGAGACUUGCGCCCCAGGGCCAGCUGCCCCGGUAGCCUUCGGGGCACCCUGCCAGGUGAAAGGUCAGCAGGUGGCGUGCAGGACGGCAGGCUGCCGCCACCCAUCUCCUCUCCGCUCCCCACCUCUCUGAAGCGCACUUUAAGGGGUGUAAGCCAGGCAGCCCCCUCUACCUCCCCCAAGGCCGGGCUGCAGGGAAGAUGGUCAGGCUGUGGAGCGCCCCCAGCCCUGGGUUCCUUGGCCCUCGGGGGGUGGCCGGGUCAGGUCCAUACGGGGCCAACUUUCCAUUGAUUCAGGGGUCGGAUGACACAGGCUGACUCACGGCCAGACUGGCCCCCCCACCCCCCGCUCCCCGGAGACCGGCCGGACUGUCCCUCUCAUGACUUGCAUGGCUCUUGCCCCCGUACUUCCUCCUUUCCCUAGUGGCCCAGCUCCAAGGCGGUGGGGGUCAGGGCCUGAGUUGGCCGACUAUGCCUCAUCGCGUCUCGGGCCAGAUCCCUGGAUGCCUGGGAGGCCUCACUUUAGGCAGCUGUGAUGGGGCGGAGGGCGCAGGAAGGAGCACUGAUUGGGUGGGGGGUGUCGGUCCGAGGUUGGCCUCUAAUUCGCUGUGUGACCUCAUCAAGGCCACCUUGCUUCUCAGGACCGCAGUUUACUCUGUGAUUUGAAGGGCUUGGGGACCACGUGCAGCCCUCUCUGCUUGUCAGUUGCUGGGACUCUGUGACACAGGGUGGAUAUCAGAUUCUCUCCAUACAGAAGGACACACGGGGCAGACGGCCCCUGGGCACAGGCUCCGCUCUCUGGAGGAGACCUAGUCUGGAGGAGAGCCUGGUCUUGGGUCCCGGCUGCUGGCUGCGCUCCCUGGUGGUGCAUCAUGGUAUUUUUUCGUGCUGAAAUCAUCGCCCUCCUGGAGGGGGGGUCCCAGAAGCUUCUGGGCCAAUUCCUUGGAGGGACAGGACUAAUUUAUAGACUUUUUUUUAAAUCAGUUUUUUAAAUCUGUUUUCUAUUUAUAAGGCUUAUUUAUGAUGUGUAUUUAAUGUUAAUAUUGUGCAUAUAUUUAAAAUUUGCGUGGUU